AUGGCUAUCAUCUUCCCUUUAGUUUCCAUUCAAGCUGUGAUUUCCUUUAUGGUUUUUGUAUCAUUUUUUAUCCUUUUGAAGAGAAGAGUAGUAGUGAAUCCAAGGUUAUCUACUAAGGCAUGUCUACCACCCGGUCCUAAGCCAUGGCCAAUUAUCGGUAACCUUUACUUAUUGAUAAACAAUAAGCCAUUUUCACAAUGGAUACACGAUGCCAUGUCGAAGAUGAGUGUCGAGAUCUUUUGCAUCCGCUUAGGGAACGUUCAUGUGAUUGCUGUCACUUCCCCUGAGAUAUCAUGUGAGUUUCUAAAGAAACAUGACUUGUCUUUCGCGUCACGUCCUAACUUCCUAUCUGCGGAGCUGGUUAGCAAAUUUUCUACGGCUGCUUUGACACCUAUGGGUGACCAAUGGAAGAAGAUGAGGCGUGUCCUCGUCUCUAACAUCCUAUCUCCGACAAGCCACAAGUGGAUGCAUGAGAAGAGAGUUAAGGAGGUUGACCACCUCGUUCGCUAUGUUUGGAACCUUAUAAAGGGAAACAAUGGUGUGGUGAAUGUUAGAGUUGUCACACAACAUUUCUGCACGAAUGUCAUAAGACAAAUGAUUUUUAGCAAGAGGUUUUUUGGGGAAGGGACUCUAAAUGAAGGGCCGGGAGUUGAGGAAGAGGAACAUGUGGAUGGGCUUUUUAAGAUACUCAAAUAUUUGUACUCCUUUAGCAUUUCCGACUACGUUCCAUUUCUUCGGCGUCGUUUGGAUCUAGAUGGCCAUGAGAAGGCAAUAAUGAGAGCCCUAAAGAGCAUAAAUAAAUAUCAAGAUCCAGAGAUAGACUCAAGAAUUAAACAAUGGAAGGAUGGAACGAGGCAAAAAAAAGACGAUUUUCUUGACGUUCUCAUCACUCUUCAAGAUAAUAACGAAAAUGCUUUAUUAACAAGAAAAGAGAUUAAAGCCCAAAUUAUGGAAAUAAUGAUAGCAACAAUCGAUAAUCCAUCAAACGCCGUCGAAUGGAUUAUUGGAGAAAUGAUAAACAAUACCGAGAUAUUGGUAAAAGCCAUUCAAGAAUUAGACCAAGUUGUUGGAAAGGAUCGACUUGUUCAAGAAUCUGACAUACCAAAACUCAAUUAUAUUAAAGCUUGUAUAAGAGAGUCUUUUCGAAUCCAUCCUAUGGCGCCUUUCAAUGUCCCUCACGUGUCCAUGUGUGACACUAUGGUUUCAGGUUACUUCAUACCAGAAGGAAGCCAUGUUCUUUUGAGCCGUAUAGGUCUUGGAAGGAACCCUAGGAUUUGGGAUGAACCACUUUUGUUCAAGCCCGAGCGUCACCUCAAAGACGACAAGUCACAAGUGAUAUUGACUGAUCCAGAUCUUCGUCUAUUGUCAUUUAGUAUAGGCCGACGUGGUUGUCCUGGAGUCAACUUAGGAUCCACAAUGUCGAUUAUGCUUUUAGCUCGACUUCUUCAAGCUUUCACAUGGUGUCCAUUGCCAAAUACUUCUUGUGUUAAUCUCAUGGAAUCUAAAGAUGAUAUGUCUAUCUCCAAGCCUCUUCACGCCUUUGCAAUAGGGAAAAACGACGCUGUGUUUGCUUCGCGUCCAAUUAUCCUAUCAGCCGAGGUGGUGGCCAAGGUGGUGAGUGGUGGAUUUUCCGCGGUUACAUGGACGCCUUUGAAUGAUUAA